AUGUCUGACCAUGUCGUCCCCAUUCCCGAUGAAAUCCUGCAGCAGGCGGGUAUAAUUUCGAUAUUCCCUGCAGCAGUUCACCGGGACCAUGAGCUUGCUGUCGAAGACGCUCGUCAACUCAGACACGAGUUCAGCUCCGAAAUUAACAUGGAUUUAGAUACCAAGACUAUCGCUAAUAUUCCAGGAUUUGGCCACAGUCAUGUCACAGCUCUGACAAUGCCUGAGUGCCUUCCAGAACGACUUUCUCUCAUAACACUCUUCACUGAGAGCACGUUUCUCAAUGAUGAUUAUUAUGACAAGGCAGGCGCCGAGAAGGUCGACAUUUACAACCAGCGGCUGAAAAAGGCGUUGCGCACAGAGAAUCAUGAAGGGAAGCCUGAUCAUACCUCUGGUCUGUACAAAGGAAAGCAGCUUCAAGCAGGCUUUCUCAUCAAGAUGCUUCAAAUUGAUCAUGAACUGGCAUCCGAUGUCAUGUCGACUUAUAGCCGAAUUCUCGAUGCCGCAAGUGUCCUCGGAAAAUCAGGCCUCCUCACUCUUAGGGAGUACUGCAAUUUCCGUCUUUUCAAUUCGGGCAUGGAAACGUAUCAGGAUAUGUGCUGCUUCGGCAUCGGUCUCAAGAUAGACCGGAAAGCCAAGGAAAAGCUAGCUCUAAUUGUCAAUGUCGCUCACACCUCCACAUUUUUGAUCAAUGACUAUUAUAGCUGGCCAAAAGAGGUAAGGGAGUAUUUUGAAGUAGAUGAAAACCCUAAUCUCCCUGUUAAUGCAGUCUGCAUUAUGAUGCAAUACCAUGGAUGCUCAGAGCAAGAGGCUUUGCAGGGGGUCCGAGAUGAGAUUAUCACUCAACAAAAGCUGCAUCUGUCUAUGAUCAAAGAACUGGAGGAGAGUGAAGGUCCGCUUCCAGAAACCUGGCGGGUUUAUAUUGAGGCAGCUCAAUAUCCAGCAACUGGCUCUGAGAUCUGGAGCAUUUACAGCCCUCGUUAUCCGACAAAGUCUGAAUUAAAUCAGCCAGAGUGUAUCAUUGUGGGGAAUACUCUGGAAUACAAGACUAUAAAUGAUAUACCACAUGGAUUAGUGGAAAGUGACACGGAGGUGGAGACCAGAUGUGACAUAAUGGGAGACAUGAAGUUCCACCCCAUUUCCUCUUCUCCCGCCCAUAUUUUCGCUGCCAAUGGUGAGAAAACUGCGGAGUUCAACUCUUUUCCCAUCAUUACCCAUGCAGUGGAGAACAACGAGGAACUCACAAACGGCGACAAAGAAACUUGUAUCGAGUCUCCAGAAAAGAGCCAAAACAGCAGCAACAUCACGGUGUCAACUAAUGGAGAUUACUACUCCCACGAGGAGGGCUUGUGUGGUCGUGAGCAGAACAGCAGUGAUACCUUUCUGCAGAAAGCAACCGAGGUUAGUCUUCUAUAUCCAAAGGGAAGUUUUGAGAAGAAGCUAAAUAGCGAGCAGACUGUAACAUCCCCGUCUAAAUAUAUCUCCUCUCUGCCAUCCAAGAAUAUCAGAGACAAAUUCUUGGACGCCUUGAAUGUAUGGUUUGGAAUUCCAGAAGAACCUCUCUUGAAGAUCAAGAGAAUUGUCGGCUUGCUCCACCAUUCCUCAUUGAUGCUGGACGAUAUUGAAGACGACAGCAUGCUCCGACGGGGAAUGCCAUGCGCACACUCUCUUUAUGGACCAGCCCAAACAAUCAACUCAGCAAAUUAUGCCUUUGUAACAGCAUUUGCCGAGACUCUGAGCCUCAGAAACUCCUCUGCAACAGAUAUCUUCAUUAACGAGGUCCAGAAUAUGCAUCGUGGUCAAGCCAUGGAUUUACAUUGGAAGUACCACACGCAAUGCCCCACCGAAGAAGAGUACAUGCAGAUGAUUGAUAACAAGACUGGAGCGAUGUUCCGCCUGUGCGUUCGAUUAAUGCAAGCUGAAUCCAGCCUUGCUUGUCAACACAUAAAUCCCGAUCCUCUCGUGCUACAGUUAGGCCGGUACUUCCAAGUUCGGGAUGAUUACCAAAACCUACUCUCCGAUGAGUAUUCGAGUCAAAAGGGUUUCUGUGAAGAUCUUGACGAGGGCAAAAUUUCUCUACCAAUCAUAUAUACCAUCAUGAACCCAUCUUUCAACGGAUCUGUGAUAAAGGGCAUCUUUCAACAUAAGGCGCCUGGCGAGAUGUGUCUCCCUAUGAAAAAGUAUAUUCUAGAGGAGAUGAAGCAGACAGGGGCACUGGAUAUGACUCUUUCAUUGAUUCGAGAUAUGCAGAAAGAUCUCUUGGACAAGCUCAGUGACGUGGAAGAUGCGUUUGGGUCAAAGAAUCCACUUGUCGAGCUGGUACUGAGGCGUCUAUGGAUCUAG